UCAUUUAUUGCACUUUUUUUUUUAUAUUGACCCAAAAGAAAAAACCCGAAAUUUUUCAAACGUCAAAUGUUUUAAAUUCGUGUACGAUCUCGGUUAUCAAAUCUUUACGUUUCUUUAAAACUAACGAUAAGGAAUGACCAGAAUGUUACCAAACGAGCCCUUUAAGUUUUCAUUUGUGAAACGACCAGAAUGUUAUCGGGUUCAUUUGUGGAACAACUAGAAUGUUACCAAACGAGCCCUUUAAGUUUUCAUUUGUGCAACGACCAAAAUGUUACAAAAAACGAGCCCUUUAAGUUUUCAUUUGUAGAACGACCAAAAUGUUACCAAACGAGCCCUUUAAGUUUUCAUUCAUGGAACGACCAGAAUGUUACCAAAAACAAGCCCUUUAAGUCUUCAUUCGUGGAACGACCAGAAUGUUACCAAAAACGAGCCCUUUAAAUUUUCAUUUGUGAAACAACCAGAACGCUACCAAACCAGCCCUUUAAGUCUUCAUUCGUGGAACGACCAGAAUGUUACCAAAAACGAGCCCUUUAAAUUUUCAUUUGUGAAACAACCAGAACGCUACCAAACCAGCCCUUUAAGUCUUCAUUCGUGGAACGACCAGAAUGUUACCAAAAACGAGCCCUUUAAAUUUUCAUUUGUGAAACAACCAGAACGCUACCAAACCAGCCCUUUAAGUCUUCAUUCGUGGAACGACCAGAAUGUUACCAAAAACGAGCCCUUUAAAUUUUCAUUUGUGAAACAACCAGAACGCUACCAAACCAGCCCUUUAAGUCUUCAUUCGUGGAACGACCAGAAUGUUACCAAAAACGAGCCCUUUAAAUUUUCAUUUGUGAAACAACCAGAACGCUACCAAACCAGCCCUUUAAGUCUUCAUUCGUGGAACGACCAGAAUGUUACCAAAAACGAGCCCUUUAAAUUUUCAUUUGUGAAACAACCAGAACGCUACCAAACCAGCCCUUUAAGUCUUCAUUCGUGGAACGACCAGAAUGUUACCAAAAACGAGCCCUUUAAAUUUUCAUUUGUGAAACAACCAGAACGCUACCAAACCAGCCCUUUAAGUCUUCAUUCGUGGAACGACCAGAAUGUUACCAAAAACGAGCCCUUUAAAUUUUCAUUUGUGAAACAACCAGAACGCUACCAAACCAGCCCUUUAAGUCUUCAUUUGUGAAACAACCAGAACGCUACCAAACCAGCCCUUUAAGUCUUCAUUUGUGAAACAACCAGAACGCUACCAAACCAGCCCUUUAAAUCUUCAUUUGUGGAACAACCAAAACAUUAUCAAACAAGCCCUUUUAAGUGUUCAUUUGUUCAUAGCAUAUCUAAGUUAAACUAUGG